AUGGGUGACAGUGAAGAUGAAACCGGAUAUCCAAAGAAGUUUUACCCUCUGAAUCGACUAAACCAUCUUAUGUAUACCCGACCCAUUCUCAAACGUCACGCGUAUUACCGCGAAGAGGAUGAUAACAAGAAGACGAAAAAAUCAAAGAAGACAAAGGAGAAGGAUAUAAUCAUCAUUUUGAGGAACGAAGAGUGGGCCGAAGAGUGGAACGAACUAGCUGAAGAAGUGAGCGAAGAGCUUUGGUCAGAGAGGUCAAAGAUGUCAGAGACGCAGUGUCGGAGAAUGAUUGAUAGUUUAAAGAGGAAGUACAGGAAAAAUAAGAUCAAAGUCGAUAUACAUGGGUCUUGUUCGAGCAAGUGGUUGUUUUUCAACAAGAUGGAUAUGUUGUUUACUCUUCGCCUAAGCUGGAAUUGGGGUUGGGUUGUUGUGUUGAUUCAAGAGGGUUUAUGA